UGUACAUGUAUAUACUUGUACAUUUGAUUAGUACAAAAUACAAAUUAAAUAAAAAAUAUAUAUAUUUGUACGAGUAGAUACAAUAUUGAUUGGAAAAUUUUAGCCAAAAAAGAAGAAGACAAGAAUUUGAUUGGGAAAUGAAAUCAACUGUUAAAGAAAAAGUAGACUAGACAAUGUUAAAGUUAAAUAAGAUGUGCGAAUGGAAAAUUGAUUUAUAACAUAUAAUACCACAAAAAAGUUCGAUAUGGAAUCUGUAAGAUUAUUUGCUCACAAGAAAUUACAUUUUCUAGAGAUGAAAUCUAUUUUUAGAUGUAUAUAUAGAUUGAGAUUCAUAACAUGAAACUGUUAUAAUAAUUGCCGAUACAAUAAAGUAGUUAUCAUAUAUUUCUGUGACCAGCAUUGGUAUAUUAAAUUGAAUACAAAUAAUGGUGGCACUAAUCCAUAGAAACCCGAGUCUCUCACUCUCUCUCAUCUCUCUAUCUCAAAGAAUAAGAAAGAAAGAAAGAAAGAGAUAGAUAGAUAGAAACCCUAAACAUCGUGCCCUUGAAGCUAAGAUAUCUUCAGUUUUGUAGAAAUUCAUUGUGCUUGCGUAUUUGCCUUCUCUCUUUCAUUGUCUUCUACCUCUUGCCUCUAACAGAAGCAAUACUUUCCGGCCUCCAAGGUUAUAUACAAUUGAUUAGGGAAAAGGACUAAAGGGAAGUAUUUGAUUUGCUUAAAGAAGAGAUCCAGAUAAUGGAGAUAGGCUCGUCGUCCACGGUGGCCGGAGGAGGACAGCUCUCAGUGCCUCCUGGUUUCCGUUUUCAUCCAACCGAGGAGGAGCUUCUAUAUUAUUACCUCAAGAAGAAGGUUUCUUAUGAACCAAUUGAUUUAGAUGUGAUUAGAGAAGUUGAUCUCAACAAGCUUGAACCUUGGGAACUUAAAGAGAAAUGCAGGAUCGGGUCGGGUCCUCAAAAUGAGUGGUACUUCUUUAGCCACAAAGACAAGAAGUAUCCGACUGGGACUCGAACCAACCGGGCCACUGCAGCCGGGUUCUGGAAGGCUACUGGUAGAGACAAAUCCAUACAUCUAAACAGUUCCAAGAAGAUUGGACUUCGUAAGACUCUUGUCUUCUACACUGGUCGUGCUCCUCAUGGCCACAAAACUGAAUGGAUCAUGCAUGAAUAUCGCCUAGAUGAUAACGAAAACGAAAUACAGGAAGAUGGAUGGGUUGUAUGCAGAGUGUUCAAGAAGAAGAAUCAUUUCAGAGGAUUUCACCAAGAACAAGAUCAAGAUCAUCAUCAUGAUCACCAAUACAUAAGCACCAACAAUGAUGAUCAUCAGCAGCAGCAUCACAAUGAGUCCAAUCCAAACAAUCAUUCUUCUUUGAUCUCACAUUCUCUGGAUCAUCAUCAGAAUCAUCAUCACAUGGGAAGACAGAUCCACAUGCCAUUACAUGAGUUUGCAAACACUUUAAGCCAUGGCUCAAUGCAUCUCCCUCAGCUCUUUAGCCCUGACUCGGCCCAACCGUUUGUGUCGUCAAUCAACACAACAGACAUUGAAUGCUCACAGAAUCUACUGAGGCUGACUUCUAACAACAACUAUGGUGGAGACUGGUCGUUUCUUGACAAGCUUCUUACUACAACCAACAUGAAUCACCAACAGCAACAACAAGUGCAGAACCAUCAAGCAAAAUGUUUUGGUGAUUCGAGUAACAACGACCAGGCUGUUACUCAUGACAAUGGUGGUUCUUCUUCAUCUCCAAAUAAUCAAAGGUUCCCGUUUCACUAUCUGGGAAACAAUGCUAAUCUUCUCAAGUUCCCAAAGUAAACUAAUCAAGUUUGAUCAGUCUCAUGUUUUCAAUUUUAUUUACUCUCUUCUUUAAGCUGUGGAAGUUGUCACAGAAACAAGUACCUGCUGUUUUUGAAAUGUGUUUUUGUUUUUUCUAUAAUUAUGUCUUUCAUUAUUGAUCUCAUGUUCUGUCUCUCCGAGGAUUAGUACCGCGUCAUCAGACUCAUCACAAAAGUACAUGUUCAAUACUUGUUUUGCACCAUCACAAAAAUAGUUUCCACUAUACAUGUUCAAUACUUUUUUCUUUACGUUUUCAAAAAUAGUCUGAGAAAAUGUAUACAUGUCAAAUAUGAAAAUAUUUGUUAUUAUUAUUUUGUGUGUUUUAAAUAAUCUAGACGGCAUGCGUUGAAAAAAUGUGUUUAUUUUUUUCUUUUUCUUUCUGACGGUGUGUUUUGCUGGUCCAAACACAAAAGAAAUCAAAUCGUUUAGGAGCGGUGGCCGACCAAAUUACUUUACUUGUAUUAUAUCAUAAAGUAACAAUGGAAGCUAUCUUGCGAUUGCAUGCAUACAUGUAUACUUGUAUGUUACCCUUACCAGUCCAUUCAACUAUAAUUUUCCAUUAAUAAUAAAAAAAUAAAGACAUAUUUAUAAUUUUCUCAAAAAAAUUCAAUAAGAAUCGAGUUCAGAUGCAAGAUAUAUAUACAUACAUAUAUAUAUUUGUUUUGAUUGUCAACCAAACUUUUUUUUUGUCAACCAAACCUAUAUUUAUUUUCUCAUGAGACUUCUUCCAGGUUCUAAAAGAAACAUUUUUAGCAUUCAAAACAAAAUACACGGUGAACCGACCACGGUUUGUUAUAUAUAUGAUGGGCCCAAUCAUUGCCGCCCCACAUUGGCAUAAGGCGCUUUUGAGUUUUGAAGUUGAAGUGUCCACUACAAAGCCUCUAAUAAAAUAACCAUUUAGAGUUGCCUUUUCUGUUAAUAUAUACUGUAGUAUGAAGUGUUUUGGAAUGUUAAUAUUAUGGAAUCAACAAAACGUUAUUACUUUAUAAUUACUUUGGAAUGAGAUGAGAAAGGAGUUAAAAUGAUUCUUUCAGGUUAAAAGUCAACCUUUUUUUAUGUUGUUGUUGCCAAUAGUGAUUUUGAAUCUUGGCCAUGUUCUUUAUAUGAUCUCUGCUGAUUUAGGAGAUUGGUAUUUAAU